CACUUCUGCUAUUGCGAUUCACUUGCAGUUCUGUAAAAUAAACGAAAACGCAAUAAUAGGCAUACAAAAACAUUAAAAAGCCAAUAAAGUAAAAGCAAUAGCAAACGCAAGCUAGCUAAAAUAGUUCUACCAUCUCGUAUAGUUUUCAACGUGGCUGUGAGAUCGCUGUGAAAUCCAAUUAGAAUUUUGUGUUUUGUGUGAGUGUUUUUUUUGUUUUUCUUUCUUGGGGCGGGGGUUGCUACGAGUGUUGAGGAGAGUGUUACAAAAGUGGUUUUUCAUUAUAUGCGGAAAGUGUCGGAUAUUCCAGACCCCUAUAUUACUACUACCAAUUUUAUUGCUUUGCAAAAAUGCUUAGCAUGAGCAAUAGAGUGCUAGAAAUAAUUUCAGUGAUAUGCGUUCUUUUCCAUACAGUUAAUUGUAAGCACGUUGUUAUAACGGCACCUAAACAUAUCCUUCUUGGAUCGACUGUGAACGUAUCGGCCACACUCUAUGAUGGCAAUAAAGUGGCCGAAAAGGGCACCUACAAAUUUGCGUGGAAGGCGAGCGGUGGCCAAAAAGAGGAAUUCGCGAUCUCUGAACCGAUCAGCAAUUGGACUGUAAAAUAUCCCAGGGUUGCAUCAAAACUCGGGACUCAUCGUUUGGAAGUCACCGUUUACGAGGAAUACAUCGUGUGGUUUUCAGUUGCUCAAGCUGAACAAAACUUCGAACUCGUCGAUUCGCUGACGGGCAGCUUGCAGUUGAUACAGCAUGAAAAGGUGCGCCAGGAGGAUUUUGUGUCCACACAGGAAAUAGUAAAUCACCGCAUUGAUCUGUGGCCGGCUGAUUAUAAUUUUUUAGAGGAGAAUAACUACUAUGUCAAUACCUAUUGGUUCCAAAAUUGUACAUAUCUGGGCAUGUCGCAUGCCUAUGAAUAUCAAGCAAUAUACCCCGAGGCUAAUCAAUACUAUAACAUUGGAGUUUUGGUUGUUGCCUCACCCAAUGCCCCGCCAGAGCCCACAACAUCAACGACAACCACAACAACGACGACGACGACGACGACAACUACCACUACAACAACUACAACUUCUACUACCUCGACGACAACGCCCGCAACAACAACAACGUCGACUACUCCCGCGUCAACCACAACAACACUAGCCACAACCACACAUCCAGCUACAACAACAACAACAAAGCCAACAACGACAACAAAGCCAAAUCAAUCGCGUCGUCGCAGACGUGACUUGAACCAAACAAUGCACGCAAAUGCCGCAUUGCUUGGUUUGAAUUUAUCAGAUGCCAAACAAAAACAACUCGAGAGCAACAACAACACUGCUGAUGCCAACUCAUCCGUUGCUUUAAUAAAUCCCUUGGGCGUGCGUAAGAUUCAGCUAUUGCCAGCUCCGGCGCCGCCUUUCAAUUGCAUCGAUGGCAACGUGAUUGCUAAAGAUGCAAACAACACUUAUGGCGUUUUCCAACAUCGUAUUAUCUCCAAAACACCCAUUUCCAAUUUUGGCACCACCGGCAAGAAUUGGGUGGAGCACUGGAAGCUCACGGAACUCAAAGUCAAUUUCAAGGGCUCUCCGCCUUUCGAAUACUGCACAUUGGCGUUUAAUGCACCUUACAAUGCCACAGGCAACGAGACGUGCAGCCCAUAUAUUAAGCAAGACCAAAACGAAAUUGACUUUAGGCGCUACUAUGUAGAGAGCCGGGCCAUAUUGUUUUUCAUACGCAACGAAGUUUCGGAGACUGUCAAUCAGGUCACCGUCAAUAUCUAUGAAGCCAAACGACAGUCACAACUCUCAGUGGUAGUUGUGCCCAUUGCUUGCACUCUCGUCGCCGUUUGUCUAGUCAUCUUUGGCGCUGCAUACUAUAUUCAAAGUGGCAAUCGGUUUAAUGUGGAGGUGGCUGAUUUCAAUUUCGGUGACACGCAAUCGGUGGACAUGGAAUACAAGACAUUCCAGCAGCGAUUGAUUGACAGCAUACGCGAUGCGUGGCCAUGGCCCAGGUGGCGUCGCUAUUCACAGUCUAGCACGGAUCUCAUUGCCGAUCAGCCAUCACCACGUGAAGGCGGUGGAUUUGGCGAUAAUGCUGGCGAAGUGGACAGCAGUUUGCGCUACAAUACGUUCAAUUAAUUACUCUUAUUGCGAUCGCUAUUGUAGCAUUAUUUGUUAUAUAAUCGUAUCAUUUAACCGAUUUAAUUUAAUUUAAUUUACUAGUCGUAAGUUAUCAAAUUUGAUUUUUGAAUCGGUGAGUUUCGUACUUUUUAC